AUGCUGGAGUGUUUGUUUGAUAAUAAAGUGCCCAAGGAAGAUGCUGAUAUGCUGGUUCAGCAGUUCAUGGCGGAAGAGAUUAAAGCUGGUUUAAUUAAUAAGGUGAUCUCUAAGGUUCUUGCAAACCGUCUUAAGAAGGUGACUGGGUCGAUAAUCUCGGUUAAUCAAUCCGCCUUUCUUAAGGAUAGGCUUAAUCUUGACGGGCCUCUAAUUAUUAACAAGGUCCUUGCGUGGGUUAAAAAGAGGCACAAUCAGGCUUUCAUGUUGGAGAUUGACUUUAAGAAGGCCUAUGACAACGUUAAUUGGGGUUUCAUUAAGUCUGUAAUGGAGCAAUUGGGUUUUCCUUCUAUGUGGUGUGGUUAG